UUCUUUUUAAUUAAUUAGAAAAAUGUUCAUGUUUGAGUCGGUCGAAGAAGCAUAUCAGCCCACCCAGAAAGACAAAGCCCAGCCCAAUCUUGGCCCAUCUGACGUGGCAUCAUGCUCUCACAUGAUUGGUUGAGAGGUAGUCAAGCCCACUGCCACAUGGCCUUUGCUGCCUUCCAAUUGGAUAAGGAAAAUCUUCACCCAAAAUCAAGAUAAACCUGUAAGAAAACAAAGAGAGAAAGAACCAUAUCCACUAUAGUCCACACACCACCACCCCAUGGCAACCCUUUUCUCUCCCUCAGCCCUGUUCUCCACCACCUCCUCCUCCUCCUCCUCCUCCACCACCACCACAAAACCAUCAAAAGCACCACCACCCAAACCCCUAUUGACUCUCAAACCACCACCACCACCAACAACUAACUUAAUUGUCACCUUAACUGCCACUGCAGCUGCCCUAGUCCUAACCACCACCCCUCCCUCACUAGCAGACCCCCCAAAAUCCUACAACAUAUACUAUGGCACUGCCGCUAGCGCCGCCAAUUAUGGUGGCUAUGGAGGCAACUCAAACAGGCAAGACUCAGCUGAGUAUGUCUACGAUGUGCCCGACGGCUGGAAAGAGAGGCUAGUGUCAAAGGUUGAGAAGGGAACCAAUGGGACCGAUAGCGAAUUCUAUAAUCCAAAAAAGAAGUCAGAAAAGGAGUACCUGACCUUCCUUUCUGGAUUCAGGCAGCUGGCGCCUAAGGAUGUGGUGCUAAACAACUUGGCAUUGUCGGAUGUCAGUCUGCAAGACCUCAUUUCCAGUGCAGACAGCGUGAAAUCAGAGGAGAAGAAAGACGAGAAGGGGCAAGUGUAUUAUGUGUAUGAGAUUGAUGGGGUUGGAGCGCAUAGCUUGAUCUCAGUGACUUGUGCUAAGAACAAGCUUUAUGCUCAUUUUGUUAACGCACCAGCACCAGAAUGGACCCGAGACAAAGACACUUUGAUGCAUCUUCACGAGUCUUUCAAAACAGUCGGAUCAUUUUAGUUCCUAUUGUGAUUGUUCAUAGAGAGGAGAGGAGGGAGAGCUUUGAGAUAUGAUAAACUUUUUCAUGUAUCUAAUAAAGGAAAAUUUGUAUUGAA